AGGUGAUGUAGCCAUGCAUGCAUGCAAACUUUGCAUUUGCAUUGCAAGACAGUAUGUCCAACGACCAAGAUCCCCUCAGAAGUAAAUCCAGUUUGGCAGGUUUGCUACAUAAGGGCAAAACAAAACAUAUUUGGGUUGACCCUACACUUUUCGGAAAAUAUACCGGGUGGCUACAAGGAAUCCUGGAUUUGAUUAAUUGGCACAUGUUGGUUAAAACAUUUUCAAGUUGGUCUUUGAUAGGAUUGAAAACAACAAAAUUGAGGCGAAUGUCUAUAUUUUCUGUUGUAAAAUGUAAUCUACAAAUUGAAAUAUACUAUGUAAAACAAUGGUGUAUGCUAUCAUCGCAUUGAAAGUGAUGGAAUAGUUCCUUCGUGAGUCUGUCCCAGACAGGGCGGUGAAUAUUCAAUGGGUUUGAUUAAUGUUCUGGAUUAUAUGUCACAUUUUUUAUAUUAUACCUGGAAAUCUCUUAUUAACCAUAGG